AUGGCGCUCUACCAGGACUCUCACCGCACACUCCAGACGGCUGUCGAGCGGGGUUGCGAGAUUGUCCAAGACUACAUGUCUAGAGAUGAACAUCACGUUCAGUACAAGAAGGGCAUGCAAGGCCAUUAUCUCGGCGAGCAGACAAACAAGAGUGGCAGUGUCUGGGCCAAAAUCUUCAUCCUAGUAUUGAAGCUCGGCGAUUCGUGGAAAGAAAACAUUGAGGACUGGGACAUCGACGCCAGCCUAGUCCCCAACGCGAACAAGACCAGAUGGCAGGAGGCCCCACAUAUCGGCGAUACCCAGUUGGAACAUACCAUUGUGAUGCUUCUUCAAGCUUUCAUCGAUACGCCGGCUUCCUUCCUGGGCUGGAAGCUGCCUGAAGCGAUCAGCAAAAACGGUAUCGCCGACUUCGCCAGUGUCAUCAUCACGGGCAUCAAAGCUGCAGGUGUCUUUGAGGCUCUCAACAACCCCGAGUUCACAUCGCUGGAAUUGCGCGAUGCGGCCAGGUUUCAAAUCGACAACAACUCCGGUGGUGACAAGAAGGGCAUCUAUGCCAGGUUCCAGAAGUCGCAACAUCCAAUUGUGUACUGGAUACCAAAUACCUGGUUAGUCCACUCUUCCCGAGACAUUGUUACGUGUGCAUAA